CCCAUCCUGGAGCUGCUUCCCAUCCCCGCAGCCUUUGUGCAUCGCUGUCUGCCAAAUGGGGCGGUGGUUUUGUUGUCUGUGCCCCGUGGAUGUGAACUCGGGGUUCCUCCAUGUGAGCGCAGGGGACGCGCGGUGGCGGCUGCGGUGCAGGAAAUCCCUGUGUGAUAAACAAACCUGGCAGCUGUGUGGGAUUAAUGACAGCCUCGUGCUGGGGACAGAGGGUCUGUCCCCAGGCUCCUAAUCAGACCAGAUCGUAUUUUCCAGUGCUGCUCCCUCAAAGCUCUGGCGCAGGGACUGAAAUGCCGUCACCCCUUGGAGCUGCCAGGCGGCCCCGCUCUCAGCAGCUCAAAUGCCAAGUGGGGGACGGGGCUGUGCUGUCACCCGAUCCCUGCAGCGCCUGGAACGUCCUCCGGGUGCUAUAAAUUGGGGGCAGAGAGCUGGCGCUCGGGGCUGCAUGUGGGUGGAAGGAGUGAGACGGGGACACGGAGCCCGCGCCAAUCAGAGCCGUGGCAGCGAACCGCCAUCUCCAUCCGUGAGCCAGGAGCCCCGCAGGACGCGGCGUCCCAUUGCCAAACCUUUGCGUUCCCUGCCAGCCGUCAUGGUGGGCCUGAAGCCCCCCGAGGUUCCCCCCACAGCUGCCGUGAAGUUCUUCAGCGCCGGGACGGCCGCCUGCAUCGCCGACCUCUGCACCUUCCCCCUGGACACCGCCAAAGUGCGGCUGCAGAUCCAGGGCGAGGUGAGGAUCCCACGCAGCACCAACACGGUGGAGUACCGGGGUGUGCUGGGCACGCUGAGCACCAUGGUGCGGACCGAGGGACCCCGCAGCCUCUACAGCGGGCUGGUGGCCGGGCUGCAGCGGCAGAUGAGCUUCGCCUCCAUCCGCAUCGGGCUCUACGACUCUGUGAAGCAGCUCUACACCCCAAAAGGGGCUGAGAGCACAGGGCUGCUGGUGCGGCUGCUGGCGGGCUGCACCACGGGGGCCGUGGCGGUGACGUGCGCCCAGCCCACCGACGUGGUCAAGGUGAGGUUCCAGGCUCUUGGGGCACUGCCAGAGAGCAACCGUCGGUACAGCGGCACCGUGGAUGCCUACAGGACCAUCGCCAGGGAGGAGGGAGUGCGUGGGCUGUGGAGAGGGACGCUGCCCAACAUCGCCCGCAAUGCCAUCAUUAACUGCGGUGAGCUCGUCACCUACGACCUCAUCAAGGACGCGCUGCUGCGGGCGCAGCUGAUGGCAGACAACAUCCCCUGUCACUUCGUGGCUGCUUUUGGGGCUGGAUUCUGCGCCACGGUGGUGGCGUCACCGGUGGACGUGGUGAAGACGCGGUACAUGAAUGCCAGCCCUGGGCAGUACCGGAAUGUGCCGAGCUGCCUGCUGGCCCUGCUGCUGCAGGAUGGCAUCGCUGGCCUCUACAAGGGGUUCGUCCCCUCCUUCCUGCGCCUCGGCUCCUGGAACGUGGUGAUGUUCAUCUCCUAUGAGCAGCUGCAGCGUGUGGUGAUGCUGGCCCGGUCUGCACCCCCCUGAUCGCCCCCAGCCCCACUCGUCAGCUUUGAUGAGCUGCAGCAGUCAAUUAUAUUAAUUGCUGAAGGGAGACAGCAAAGGUCCCCAACCCUGUGGGAUGAGAGGGACCAAAGGCGGCUCUGUGAGGGACCAGCAGGAGGAGAAUGGAGAGAAGGGAAGGAUGGAAGAAGGGAAGGGAAGGUCCACAGCAGAGAGGGGAGAGGAAGGAAGAAGGUGUUGAGGUUUUCCAGUUGGGAACAGCGGUGCUUUCCGGCAGCAGUGGGACAGAGAGGUGGGAAGGAGCAGUGUGGGAUGGGGGAUGUGGUGAAUCCAGGUAUUCCUCACUGAUGCUGCAAAUAAAUCACCCCUAUGGGGUUUGUCUCAGCAGGA